AGCUCGUUUUUCGCCUCAGCAUUUGAAUGCAACUCGUCACGUGACGAAAGCUGUCAGCUCAGGGGAGGAACAAAAACAUGGCGGUGUGCAUAGCAGUGAUCGCUAAAGAGAACUACCCGCUCUAUAUACGCAGUGUACCCUGUCAAAAUGAGCUGAAAUUCCACUACACUGUACACACCUCUCUGGAUGUGGUGGAAGAGAAGGUCUCAGCUGUGGGCAAAUCCUUAGCAGACCAGAGGGAGCUCUACCUGGGACUGCUCUAUCCAACUGAAGACUAUAAAGUUUAUGGGUAUGUGACCAACUCCAAGGUGAAAUUUGUGAUUGUUGUGGACUCUUCCAAUACAUCAUUGCGGGACAAUGAAAUACGAAGUAUGUUUAGAAAACUGCACAACUCAUUUACUGAUGUAAUGUGCAAUCCAUUCUACAAUCCUGGGGACCCCAUUCAGUCAAAGGCCUUCAAUGGUAUCGUUUCUGGAAUGAUGGUACAGACAGGCUGACUUCAAUUCCAGUUCACCCUCUCUGUUAAGCAUCCACUGUACAUAUGACCCUCUCUUCUGUUUACAUGUUGCCUUUAUUCUUGAAAAAAAAGUUGGUAAUAAACUCAAUUGCUGUUGGAUACCAGUGUGUGUCUUUUACGACA